AUGCCGCCUCCGCCUCAUAUCAAACCGGAAAAUGUCCUGAAGCGGGCCCAGGAACUUAUCGCCGUGGGCCAGUCUCCGGCUGCCCUGAAUGUCCUCCACGAACAUGUCACCUCCAAGAGGACACGCAGCAGCCCCAUCGCCUCGCUCGAGCCUGUGAUGCUCCUUUUCGUGGAGCUGUGUGUUGACCUCCGCAAGGGCAAAGCUGCGAAAGAUGGACUGUACCAGUACAAGAAUAUCGCCCAGAACACCAACGUGGGGACCAUCGAGACUGUUCUCAAGCAGUUCAUCGAAUUGGCUGAAAAGAAGGUCACCGAGGCUCAGGCCAAGGCCGACGAGAUCCAGUCUUCCCUGGAUUCCGCAGCCCCCUCGUCCAACGUGGACGAUUUGGAAGCUAUCGAGACGCCUGAAACUAUCCUCUUGGCCACCGUCUCGGGGGAACAGUCCCGCGAUCGCACCGACCGUGCUGUUGUGACUCCAUGGCUGAAGUUCCUCUGGGAGACCUACCGUACCGUAUUGGAGAUUUUGAAGAACAACGCCCGUCUUGAGGUCAUGUAUCAGUCCACCGCUCUGCAGGCCUUCCAGUUCUGCCUUAAGUACACUCGCAAGACCGAGUUCCGCAGACUCUGUGAACUCCUACGGAAUCACGUUCAGAAUGCCGCCAAGUAUUCCGCUCAGAUGCACGCGAUCAACCUAAGCGACCCGGAUACCCUUCAGCGUCACCUGGACACCCGCUUCCAACAGUUGAAUGUUGCCGUCGAGCUGGAACUCUGGCAGGAGGCGUUCCGCAGCAUUGAGGACAUCCACACCCUCUUGAGUCUCAGCAAACGCCCGGCCAAGAAUGUGAUGAUGGCCAACUACUACGAGAAGCUGGCCAGGAUUUUCCUCGUCAGCGAGAACUAUCUCUUCCACGCUGCUGCUUGGAGCCGCUACUACAACCUCCUCCGCCAGUCUGCCGCUACCCUUGCGGCUGGUCAAGGCACCAAGAAGGAAAACCCCUCCGUUUCCGACGCCGACAUGACCAAGGCCGCCUCCUUUGUCCUCCUGUCUGCCCUCGCCAUUCCAGUGAUCAGCACCUCUCGGUCCCGCGGUGCUCUGGUCGAUGUGGAUGAGGUUCGCAAGAACAAGAACACCCGCCUGACCAACUUGCUGGGCAUGGCGCAGCCCCCAACCCGUGCGGUUCUUUUCAAGGAUGCUCUCAACAAGGGCCUGCUCAAGCGCGCCCGUCCAGAGAUUCGUGAUCUUUACAACAUCUUGGAGGUCGACUUCCACCCCCUGUCGAUCUGCAAGAAGAUCACCCCCAUCCUGAAGCAGAUUGGCGCCGAUCCGGAGAUGGAGAAGUACGUCGGACCGUUGCAGCAGGUGAUCCUCACCCGCCUCUUCCAGCAGCUGUCGCAGGUCUACGAGUCUGUCGAGCUCAAGUUCGUGUACGAGCUUGCCCAGUUCCCCGAUCCCUUCCAGAUCACCCCCGCCAUGAUCGAGAAGUUUAUCAUGAAUGGCUGCAAGAAGGGCGACCUUGCGAUUCGCGUGGACCACAUCUCUGGUGUCCUCACCUUCGACACCGACGUCUUCUCGUCCGCCAAGGCUCUGCACUCUGGAAGCGCUGCUGGAUCCGCUGAGAGCGAGGUGGGCUCUGUGCAGCGUCUGCAGAACACUCCGGCCGAAAUCGCUCGCCUGCAGCUCACCCGCUUGGCAAAGACCCUCCACGUCACGUGCAUGUAUGUCGAUGCGUCCUACAAUGAGGUCCGCGUUCAGGCCAAGCAGUCUGCCCAGGCUCGCGCUCUGGCGGGUGUUGUCAAGGAGCACGAGGAUACCCUGGCUCGCCGCGCCAUCAUCGAGAAGAAGAAGGAGGCGGCCACCGAUGCUCUACAGCGCAAGCAGCGUGAGGAGGAGACUCGCAAGCGCAUCCGCACUCAGCAGCUGCAGGAAGCGGAGAAGCAGCGUCUGCUGGAUGAGCAUCGAGAGCGAGAGAAGAAGCGUAUCAAGGAUGAGCAGGACCGCAUCCGUCACCAGGAGCUGAAGAAGCAGCUGGAAGAGUUGAAGAGCGGGGUGAAGGGCAUUGACAUCAGCGAGAUCGAUCUACAGGAUAUGGAUGCCAACCGUCUCCGUGCGAUUAAGCUUGCCCAGCUUGAAAAGGAGAAGAACGAGCUCAACGAUCGUAUUCGUACUACUGCCAAGCGUAUUGACCACCUGGAGCGUGCUUUCCGUCGCGAGGAGCUGAAGCACAUUCCGGAGGACUAUGAGGAGCAGAAGAAGCGUGACUUGGAGCAUCAUGAGGCCCAGCAAGCCGAGACUCUCCAGGAGGCUGUGAGAAAGCAUAAGGAGGCUGUUGCAUUGAAGCAUCGUCUGAGCCGCCUGGUGCCCCAUUUCAACAGCUUCCGCAAGGAGGUUUCGGAGAAGCGUCACGAGGAGUUUGAGAAGCGCCGCAAGGCCGCUGAAAGAGACUUCGAGGCCAAGAAGAAGCAACGUGUUAAGGAAGUACAGGAUCGACGCCGUCGUGAGAAGGCCGAGCGCGAGGAGGCUGAGCGCCACAGGAAGGAGGAAGAGGAACGCGCCAAGCGCGAGGAGGAAGAGAGAAUUGCCAAGGAAGAAGAGCGCCGGCGAGUUCUGGCCGAGGAGAAGGUCAAGCGCGAAGAAGAGAGAAAGAAACUGGAUGAGAUUGCUGCUAAACAGAAGCAGCGUGAAGAAGAGGCCGAAGCCCGACUUGCAGCCAGGAAAGCCGGCACUGCUGUACCCGAACCUUCCUCCACAGCUCCCACUGAACGUGUUGCUCCUCGUCUUAACCUUGCUCCUCGUACUGGUGGUGGUGGACCUAGCUGGAGAGAGCGCUUGGCUGCCAAGGAGUCGGCUCCUUCUGAUACUCCCAAGGAAACCGCCAAGGAAGCCGCUAAAGAGCCCGCUAAGGAAGAGUCAGCUCCCGCUCCAGCUCCCCGGAGGACCGGUGGAUAUGUGCCACCCCAUCUCCGUGCCGGCUCCAGCGCUACCCCAGCUGCUCCUACUCCUGCUCCAUCGAACGGUGCCUCGGAUCGCUGGUCCCGUCCUUCUCGCGAGUCCGGUUCCUCCCAUCCCCCGUCCCAGACGCAAACGCCCGUCUCUGGCUCCAACAAACCCGAAGAAUCCAAGGGUGGUGCCCAGAAGUGGGUACCUCGGUGGAAGCAGCAGCAGAGCCAGUAA